AGCUUUAGAGUGCGCGUGCCUCCGGCAAAAAGCGAAAAAAAAAAAAAAAAGCGAAGAAGAAGAAGUAAAAAAAAUAAAAUUAGGGUUUUCUUUCCUAAUGCAAGGAGGAAGCCUGGGCAUGGCCUCCCCGAUAUACCGAUUCGUUAGUCGCUGAUAUCGACGCGCACUCUAUCUCUAUUUCUAUCACUUCAAAUUUCGUCCCUUUUACAGCAACUAUCUGGCCAGAUUUCUGAUUAGGUUAAAGGGUAUUAUGUUUGCUGGACAUUUCUCAUUGCUGGUGUGCAGUUCUUGUAGGUUUUUUGUAGGCAAUUUCGAAGGCUUAUGCCACAUGCUUUAUGGUUUAGAUUCAAUCUCCUGUUCCUGCCACUUUUUUGUUAUGCUUUUCCAGCAUAUUUUGAGGAAACUAUUACAGAUGGUUGCCAAUUACAGUUCCAUGGGAGAUUGCAGGUUAUGCUGUGCUGUUCUUUUUGAAAGAAAGCCCAUUCAAUUGCCUUUUUAUUUGAAGUAGCUAUGCUACCCACUGGAGCAAAAGAAUCUCAACUCCGCGAGAGCAACAGCCAGAAGGUCCACCCCCAGCCAAUGGAAGAGGCUAUGACUCAGAAUCCAGAAGCUCUGGAAGCCCUGAUAUCCAAGAUUUUCACAAACAUCUCCUCACUGAAGUCUGCUUAUAUCCAGCUCCAAGCUGCUCAUACUCCUUAUGACCCUGACAAAAUCCAAGCUGCUGAUAAACUUGUUAUUUCAGAGUUGAAAACCCUCUCGGAACUCAAACAUUUCUACAGGGAGAACAACCCAAAACCGGUUUGUGUUUCUCCUCAGGACUCACGCUUGGCUGUAGAAAUUCAGGAACAGCAAAGUCUCUUGAAAACUUAUGAAGUUAUGGUGAAGAAAUUUCAGUCUGAAAUUCACAACAAAGAUUCUGAAAUUCUUCAGUUGCAGCAGCAGAUUCAGGAAGCUGACCAGAAGCGGACAAAGCUUGAAAAGAAUCUUAAGCUUAGGGGCAUGUCAGCCAAAGAAUCAGAUGGUUUAGGAGAUGAAAAUAGUUUCUUUCCCAUGGAUUUGUCCCCUGAUAUCUUCACGUCAGCUGCAGAAGUUGCUUUCAAAGCCAUACACGAUUUUUCCAAGCCAUUGAUCAACAUGAUGAAAGCUGCAGGGUGGGACCUUGAUGCAGCUGCCGACUCCAUUGAGCCAAAUGUUGUUUAUGCAAAGAGAGCUCACAAGAAAUAUGCAUUUGAAUCCCACAUAUGCCAAAGAAUGUUCAGUGGAUUUCAGCAAGAAAGCUUUUCUGUCAAGUCAGCAGAUAGUAUUACAGUGACCGAAGAGAGUUUCUUCCAACAGUACGUUGCACUUAGGGAAAUGGAUCCACUGGACACUUUAGGCCAAAACCCAGAUUCAAUUUUUGGGGAAUUUUGCCGGAGCAAAUAUCUUGUGGUUGUUCACCCAAAGAUGGAGGUUUCUUUCUUUGGAAAUUUGGAUCAGCGAAAUUAUGUGAUGGGGGGUGGGCAUCCAAGAACUCCUUUCUAUCAAGCUUUUCUGAAACUAGCGAAGUCAAUCUGGCUUUUACACAGGCUGGCUUAUUCAUUCGACCCCAAUGUCAAGGUCUUCCAGGUCAAGAGGGGGAGUGAGUUCUCUGAAGUUUAUAUGGAGUGUGUUGUGAAAGAUUUGGUUAUAAAUGGGACUGACCAAAAGCCAAGGGUUGGACUAAUGGUUAUGCCGGGCUUCUGGAUUGGGGGCAGUGUGAUCCAGGCCCGGGUUUAUUUAACGAGCAUGAAGGUUUCCGAAUGACUCACCGUCGGGUGGAGCAAAUCUUUGUCAAAAUGUGUAUUUGUUGUUGUACGUUUCUGAAUGAACUUUGCCACCAUUACAGAGUGCUGUCUGUCAAAAAUAUGCAUUUAGUUUGCGAAUGCUCUAUAAUUUGUAGUUGUAUUGAUGUAAUUAUUAUCUUCUUGUUUGAGAUGAAAUGAGCUUCUCAUUUCAUCUGUUGA